CAGGUAGCGGGAGGGUUGGGGGCUUGCACGGAGAGCUGCGGGAGUGAGCCGGCGGGCGGCUGAAUGGCUAGAGGAGCCACCUGAGGAGGGCUUUGUCACAGCAGAAGCUCCUCCAGCCGAGCGGCAGGGGAAGAUUGCCAGGGGAUUAUUGAAAGGCCCACGCAGCGGGGAAGGCCGGCUUCCGCAGAGCAUGAGGGAGGCUGCAGCUGAACGCCAGCUGGGGGUCCCUGAGAGCAUGUGGAAGGGCUGAGCAGGAGCUGCGCACACGGCCCGGGGGCGGGGGGAGCCGCCGAGAGACCCCCUCCGAGCUGCAGCUGUUCCCGGGCCCUGCUACAGAUGUGGAGCUCCUCAAGAGCUCAGCUGUCUCCCAGGCAACCGGAGCCCGCGAGGCCCCCUCAGCUGCGAGGAGACGCUGAUGGAAAGCAGCAGCCAGCCAGGUGCGGGCGAGGCGCGGCGGGAACCUGGCUCUAGCCCCUUGCGCAGAGUCCCCCUGAGAUGCGCUUUUCUUCCCCCUCCUGGACAGAGUCGUGCAGCAGGUGACCGGCCGACAAGGGGCUAGACCCUGGGUCUGCGCGCACCAAGACUUGCUCCCUUCGUCCCCAGGCCAGCGGAGCUUGCAGGAGAUGAGGAGUACGGCUCCCCUUUGGGGCCCAAGGCAGAGGGGAGCUGUUUGCCCACGAGAGACCAGGGCUCCUGUUGCUUGUUAAUCCAGGGCUUGGGGACUGGCAGCCGGACUUGCAGCCGCUCCCUCGCUCCCCGCCUUGGCUUGUAACGGAGCAUCUGGGACCCAGCUGGGCUCUGUGGCGUCCAGAGAGCCGUGACUGCACCUGCGGUGACUAAAGAGCCCCUGGGGAGCCGGACGCGUCGCUGUGCCAAUCUCCAGUGUAUUUCCCCCCUGCCCUGUGCAUCCCCCCAGCCUGCCCUAUGCCCUGCUGCCGCGGAGAGGGUGGGCAGCGUACUGUCGGCACAGGCCGGCUGGCACGUCAGCAGCCAGCCCAGUGGACCCGGUGACCCCGCCCCGGCAGGGUGGUCCUUUCCUCUCCCCCCUCCACCAUGAAGUGCUCCCUGCGGUUCUGGUUCCUCUCGACCGCCUUCCUGCUGGUGUUCGUCAUGUCGCUCCUCUUCACGUACUCGCACCCCAGCAUGGCCUACCUGGACCCCGACAGCCCAGGCGGCUUCCACCGGGUCAAGUUGGUGCCCGGCUACGCCGGCAUGCAGCGCCUCAGCCAGGGCGGGCGCCUCGGGGAGGGGUGCGCCUGCCGCAGGUGCACGGAGGAUGCAGGGGCCUUGGCGUGGUUCACCAGCCACUACGACAGCAACAUCUCCCCGGUGUGGACCAAGGAGAACAUGGACCUCCCGCCGGAUGUCCAGAGGUGGUGGAUGAUGCUGCAGCCCCAGUUCAAGUCCCACAACACUAAUGAAGUCCUGGGCAAGCUCUUCCAGAUCGUGCCGGGUGAGAACCCCUACGGCUCCCGCGACCCCGGGAAGUGCCGGCGCUGCGCUGUGGUGGGCAACUCGGGCAACCUGCGCGGCUCUGGCUACGGGCGAGAGAUCGACGGCCACGACUUCAUCAUGAGAAUGAACCAGGCCCCCACAGUGGGGUUUGAAGCCGACGUCGGGGGCAGGACCACCCAUCACUUCAUGUACCCAGAGAGUGCCAAGAACCUGCCUGCCAACGUCAGCUUCGUGCUGGUGCCCUUCAAAGCCCUGGACCUGCUGUGGAUCACGAGUGCCCUGUCGACCGGGCAGAUCAGAUUCACGUAUGCGCCUGUGAAGCCCUUCCUUCGCGUGGACAAGGAGAAGGUGCAGAUCUACAACCCAGCCUUCUUCAAAUACAUUCACGACAGGUGGACCGAGCACCACGGGCGAUACCCCUCCACGGGGAUGCUAGUGCUGUUCUUCGCGCUUCACGUUUGUGAUGAGGUGAAUGUCUUUGGAUUCGGGGCAGACAGCCGGGGCAACUGGCACCAUUACUGGGAGAACAAUCGCUAUGCAGGGGAGUUCCGGAAGACCGGGGUGCACGAUGCGGACUUUGAGGCGCACAUAAUUGACAUGCUGGCGAAAACCAGCAAGAUCCAAGUUUACCGCGGCAACUGACGCUCUGGGCUCUGUCCUCUAGCUUUCAUUUCAGAAUCAGGUUUCAAGAGACGGAUAGCUGUCGCUGGCCUCGCUGUGACAGAUCCCCGACCAAUCACAAUGAGCUACAGGGUUCGGUCUGUGACCCCACCUGACCAGUGGCCAAGUGGGGGUACUUGGUUCUGCCGGCCAAUCAUGUUUAGAGAGAAAAGGAAACUUCUUUUUGUUUAAAAGUUUCGGAUGAAAAGGAUUUACAAGGAAAACCGGCCCCUGGUUAUGUUGGAGGCUUCCAGCCCGGUUCUCCUCAUGGUCAAACCAAAUGCUGCUCUUUUUUUAAAACCAAUCAUAACUUCAGAACAAAGCCCAACCAAUCGUGGCCACAGGCCGAAGGCAAAGCUGCAUGUUUCGACCAAUCUCCAGGUGGAAUGACACUAGCCUGUGAGCUUCAGCCCUGGCUGACCCUCUGGAGUGGGGUGGUCUUCACACGAGCCGCCUCAUUCUGAGCCCAGCCGGAACAAGCUUGGAAACACCUGGGUGAACGUCUCCUUUUUUAACAUUCUUGGAGCCCAGCAAUCGCUCUCCCAGAGGAGGCUCCAGUGUCUCUUUAUUUUGUACAAUCUGGUUCAAAAUGCUGACCAGACAAUCAGU